AUGAGACUUCCGACGGGUCAAGUAGGGAAUGCAAUCCCGUACGCCUGGCCGCACGAUGGCUCUCUCCCAAGAACUGCGUUGGUCGUCAUUGACAUGCAGAGAGACUUCUGCGAAGAAGGCGGCUAUCUCACCCACCAAGGCUACUCCGUGAAGCCCAUGAGAUCUAUCAUCCCCAACAUCCGAUCUCUUCUGGAUUCCGCCUACCGAGCUAAGCUGCCUGUCAUACACACCCGCGAAGGCCACUUGCCGGACCUCUCAGAUCUCUCCUCCCGGGAAGAGUUCAGGUCUCGAAACAACCCUUCAGGCAAAGGCAUCGGGGAUGCGGGACCCAUGGGACGAUUCCUGAUUCGUGGCGAGCCUGGACACGAUACUAUCUCGGAGCUGUAUCCACGAGAGGGUGAUAUCGUAAUCGACAAGCCUGGCAAAGGCGCGUUCACCGGCACAGAUCUGAAGGAAGUUCUGGAGAGGAAGGGCAUAAAGAAUCUGAUCAUCUGUGGCGUAACAACAGACGUCUGUGUCCACACGACCAUGCGGGAAGCGAACGACCGUGGCUACGACUGUCUGCUAGUUGAAGAUUGCUGUGCAGCUGGGGAGAAGAAGCUUCACGAGGCUGCGGUUGAGAUGGUGCAUGGGGAAGGUGGUAUAUUUGGGGCUACGGCAACGUUGAAUGAUGUUCAGAGAGCUUUGGUAUCACUCCGAGUUGUAUGA